ACAACACAAUCACACAAAACAUGGCUCUAACAAAAUCAUCUUUAGUCCUUUUCCUUUGCCUCUUAGGUUUAUACUCUGAAACCGUCAAGUCUCAAAACUGUGGUUGCGCCCCAAACCUGUGUUGCAGUCAGUUCGGUUACUGCGGUUCCACAGACGCUUAUUGUGGUACUGGGUGCCGAUCAGGCCCUUGCAGAACCCCUGGCGGAACUCCUGUUCCCGCUGGUGGUGGAUCGGUUGGUAGCAUUGUGACACAAGCUUUCUUUAGUGGUAUUAUCAACCAAGCCGGUGGUGGUUGCGCCGGAAAGAAUUUCUACACCCGUGAUUCUUUCAUUAACGCCGCAAAUACUUUCCCCAACUUUGCCAAUUCCGUUACUAAACGUGAAAUUGCAACCAUGUUUGCUCAUUUCACCCACGAGACUGGACAUUUCUGCUACGUAGAAGAAAUAAACGGAGCUUCACAUGACUACUGCGACGAGAACAACAGGCAGUACCCAUGUGCACCGGGCAAAGGCUACUUCGGUCGUGGUCCGAUUCAACUAUCCUGGAACUACAACUAUGGAGCAUGUGGCCAGAAUCUCAACCUUAACCUCUUAGGCCAGCCCGAGCUAGUGAGUAGCAACCCAACAGUCGCUUUCAGGACGGGUCUGUGGUUUUGGAUGAAUAGCGUAAGACCGGUACUAAACCAAGGGUUUGGAGCCACCAUUAGAGCCAUCAACGGAAUAGAAUGUAACGGUGGGAAUUCAGGGGCGGUCAAUGCAAGGAUUAGGUACUAUAGAGACUAUUGUGGACAGCUUGGGGUGGACCCUGGUCCUAACCUUAGCUGCUAAAAAGCUAUUCAAAACCAACACACACACACGUGACGUGGGAAUUGAUGGGGGAAGUUGAUGUUUAAGAUGAAAUAAUAAAUGAGAUGAUAAAGUUAAAUCUCAUGUAUGCUCUUAUGUUGGGUCUUAGUGUUCCCUGCGUCACAAGCAAUAAGUAGUUGUAAUAAUCUUGUGAAAGUGAUUUUCUUUUCGUUUAAACGUAUUUUGAAGUGAAUGCAACAUUAAUAAAUGCCUAAAAGUAAGUCAU